GCAUGUGGUUUCUGAAGCAGUCUUUUUAAACAUUAAUGUAAACAGUUGUUUGUCAUUAAUGGAAACAUGGAGUGGAACAAAAAGUAAAUGAAACUGUAGUACAUCUGCGGAGCAGAUGGCUACACGGAUGUAUUUCGAGGAUGCACCGCGUAUUAUUGGUAACGUACAUUUUUGCCUUAUGGGUAACGUAGUUUUUUAUUGUUACAAAAGCAUCAAUGAAAAGGUAAUCCGAACUUCAAUUCCCAUAGGCGGAAAUUUGUGCAACUGAAAAGAAGCGUCGUGUGAAAACAGUUGUGUUUGUGUGGAGCGGUAACUUUGGAACAUGUUGGGGCAAGUACGUGACCGUGAAAUAUACCGGAACGCCUCGAAAACACCGUGGGUUUGUGUAGUUGGAAGCCUCUAAGUAGACAAUAAGUCAUUGUUCUCAGGUUGUUUGAGUGGAAGUUGUCAGAAUGUUCAUUGUUAAACGUGUGGUGUGUGUUGGAGGCAUCAUGCUCAUCCAGUGCACCUCCCGCCCUGUGAGGAACUUCUCAGCCUGUCACUGCCUGAGCUCCCCUAAAAGACGCAGCUCCUACAGUUUAGCGGUCAGUGAGCGCUACUCCUCUCUUGUGAAGUCGGUCAUGUCCUCCAGGGUCAGUUCCCAAACCCCAGACACCCUCCAGGCGGAAGACGAGCACAUCUAUGGACCUGUUGUCAAAGCUCAAACGCCCUCAUCUAAACCAGAGAAGAGGGAGCCUAAGACCCUUCACCCCUUCUUACUAUCAGAGAAGACUCUAGAGACAGAGGAGACAGAUUCCGGACCGCCAGUUCGGAUUCUGUUGAAAAGGGGCCAAGGUGGGUCCUCAGCACCGAGUGUGACCCGCAUCCUUCAGCAGACCCUCUCCCCAGAGCAGAGAUUCUACCUGGAGAGGUGGAAGAGGAGGAUGAUCGAAGAGCUUGGAGAAGAUGGCUUCAAAGAAUACUCUCAGAAUUUAUUCAGGCAAGGCAAGCUUUUCCAUUCCACUCUGGAUGACAUCAUGGCGUCGGGUGCAGCCCAGGAGAACAAGGCUCCUGCGGAGACACCAGCGUAUCCAGCUGAGGUUCAGGGAUACGUGGAGAGCAUCUCUCACAUCCUGGAAGACGUCAGUGCAGUGAGAGCGAUUGAAAGCACUGUACAUCACGACAGCCUGGACUAUCUGGGAAUUGUGGAUUGUGUUGCUCGCUACAGAGGUGUUCUAUGUCUUAUUGACUGGAAGACUUCGGAGAAGCCCAAGCCAUUCCUGAGCAACACAUACGACAACCCUAUUCAAGUGGCAGCCUAUGCUGGGGCUUUGAACAAUGACGGAAACUACAAAUACCAGGUUGAUCAUGGACUCAUUGUAGUGGCUUAUAAGGACGGCUCGCCUGCCCAUGCUCACCAGCUCAGCUCAGAGCAGAUGCUACAGUACUGGAGGACGUGGUUGCUGCGACUUGAAAAGUUCACAGAACAGAGAUCCGGUCAUACGUCAAUGGAUUUUUCAGAAAAGAAAUGAGGUGUUUGAAGAGAGAUAUGCCUGCCUGUAUGUGGGAUCUUCAGUAAAGCCCAUGGUUUUAAAAAGCCUGUGGGAGGCCAGGUUCUCCUCCUCUAUGAAGCAGUAGACUGGAUAUUCCUGAGUGUGGAGCCUCUUUGCCAUGGUGCUGAUGAGGACUUU